CGCCCACUCGACCGGACCCCAACAAAUGCAAAUGCAGGGCACUUGUUGCGUCACAACACGAGUCCAGAUGAUCGGUGGUGUAUUUUCGAGCCGUGCCCUUGCCCUCGCGCUGAGUUGACGCAAUGAGCUCUGACAGCGGCGGCGGCGUCGUGAUAAAAAAGUCGUAGCUGCCUCCUUGUCCUCCUUGAGUGCCUAUCUCAUCCUACACCACGCCACCACAGAACCUAGCAUGCGAGCCAUCAUCUUCACACUCGCCAUGACGCUCCUCGUCCUCCUCGCGGGAACUCACCACUGCAAGGCCGACCUUCCCCCCGCGCCCGCCGAUGCUCUAGUGAGCUGCUUCUUCGACGAUUUGUGCAACGACUUCGACCAGUACGUCAAAGGCGACAAAUCGGCGCACUUUAGCUGCAAUGGUAUCAAGCCAGUGCGCGCUGGUGGCUCCUUCUGUCGCAACUGCAAGCAGUGCCCCUGCAAAGAUUGCAUCGCAGCAAAGUAUGACCAGGGGAAGUGCUACGUGGGAUACUAUGCCGGGCUUGUUCAGUGGUGCGGGUAAGAGAAGGCGUGCAGAGGUUGCGAGUGGGAUUUGUGCACGCUGGGACUGGUCUCGAGCGAGUGACAUUGAAGUCGUCAUGGUGAUCUG